GGGUCGGCAGUUGGCACCGUGGGGACUUCGGCUAAGCUGCUGCGCGGGUACCUGGGCGGCGUUUCCCGGCGGAGUCCUUCGGCCUUCGUAGUUCUUUUACUUUGCGCCUGCGGGAGCCGUUGUCCUUGCACUUCUGAGUUUUCUUAUAUGUCUAUUUUCCUCAAGAUGAGUGUUAAUGUUACUUUCUUAAGACCUUUUACCCGGUUUUUGGUGCCAUUUACCGUUCAUACAGAGAGAAGGAAUUUAUAUUCAACAGUUCUGCAGAGAUACAUGUCUUCCAAAAUACCAACUUUGUCCUACCCUAAUAAGGAGAGUACAUCCCCUCCUGAUCAGCUAGAAUUGGAUGGGUGGAAAACUACAAUGAAAUCUAGUGUGCAAAAAGAUGUUUCAACAGUCUCAAGCAGCAAGGAUGAAGAUCCUCUAGCAGCCACCAGAGAGUUAAUUGAGAUGUGGAGAUUGCUUGGCAGAGAAGUACCAGAACAUAUCACUGAAGAAGAGCUCAAAACCCUUAUGGAAUGUGCUUCUAAGUCAUCAAAAAAAAAAUAUUUAAAAUAUUUAUAUAUUAGGGAAAAAAUGAAAAAAGCUAACCAAAUAAAAAAGGAAAUGAAAGCAGCUGCAAGGGAAGAAGUAAAAAAAGCCAAGCUGCUAGAAACCACUGAGGAAGAUAAACAGCGAAACUUUUUAUUUUUACGACUUUGGGAAAGGAAUAUGAACAUUGCAAUGGGCUGGAAGGGUAUCCAGGCCAUGCAGUUUGGGCAACCUUUGGUUUUUGACAUGGCUUAUGAUAAUUAUAUGAAACGACAAGAACUGCAGAAUACUGUUUCCCAACUUUUAGAAAGUGAAGGAUGGAACAGAAGAAAUGUUGAUCCUUUCCAUAUUUAUUUUUGCAAUCUUAAAGUAGAUGGUGUUUAUUACAGAGAGUUAGCUAAACGUUAUGGAGAAAAAUGGGACAAAUUGCUUAUAACAACAACAGAAAAGUCUCAUGUAGAUUUAUUUCCAAAGGACAGUAUUAUAUAUUUAACUGCAGAUUCUCCCAAUGUUAUGACUACUUUCAAGCAUGACAAAAUCUAUGUAGUUGGCUCUUUUGUUGAUAAGAAUAUGCAGCCAGGCACAUCCCUAGCCAAUGCAAAACGGCUGAAGCUGGCAACAGAAUGCCUUCCAUUAGAUAAAUAUUUACAAUGGGACGUUGGUAACAAAAAUCUCACCUUAGAUCAAAUGAUGCGUAUUUUGUUAUGUCUGAAAAACAAUGGUAGUUGGGAAGAGGCUCUAAAGUUUGUUCCCAGGAGGAAACAUACUGGUUUUCUGGAGAUUUCUCAGCACUCUCAAGAGUUUCUCCACAGAUUGAAGAUAGCAAAGACUUUUCCAAAAGGUCCUCUAAAUGUAUAUGGCUUGAAUGAGAAAAUUUGAUAGUUUACAAAGUAAAUGGAUUAGGAAUACUCGUACAGUU